AUGAAAGAUGAAAUUGCAGCCACAGUCUUCUUCAUCACAAGGCUAGUGAAAAGGGAAGACAAGUUGAGCAAGCAUAAAAUGGAGAAAUUUGCAGCUAAGCUGACAACAAUACUGUUUGAAAAGUAUAAGAAUCACUGGUACUUAGACAAUCCAUCCAGAGGACAAGCCUUCAGGUGUAUAAGGAUAAAUAAACAUCAGAGAAGAGAUCCACUGCUGGAGCAAGCUUGUGUGGAGAGUAAUGUGGAUUUUAAUAAGCUUGGUUUGCCAAAAGAGAUGACGCUAUGGGUUGAUCCAUUUGAGGUGUGUUGCAGAUACGGUGAGAAGAACCGUCCCUUCACAAUUGCGCACUUCGAAGGGGAGGAGAAUCCAGAGCUUCCUCAGCAGAUCAGCUAUGCUGUUGACAGAGCCGCACUAGACUAUCAUUCUGGCACUUCUUCAGAUGAGGAGACCUUCAGCAAGGAGCCGAAAGCUAUCCCUACUGUCAGCAAUCCUAACAGUGUCUACCAGUUCAGUGACUACUGCAAGGCACCCAUACAGCCCUGGUCUCAGUAUCUUCAUAGGAAGACCUACAUGACUGAUGGCUCGUACUAUGCCCAGCACAGGGGUUACAAAGUCUACAGGCCGAUAGCUGCUUUCACAGGACCACGUGUUGAUAGAUACCACUGGAUCAAUACCAAGCGGUAG